AUUUGACUGCAGCUUUAAACCUAUGCCCUGAUUGGCAGCGAGUGCUUUUGAUGGCUGUUUGCAAGCUCUUCUAUCGAACCAUCGUGCUAUAUACUGCUUUCGGGUAUUAUAACGGAGUACUGGGAGUUGUUCGGCUACCCCAGUGUGGUCAUCCAUUGCAAGUGAAUAGUAGAUGCAAUCGGGUUCUAAAAGGGCUAUUCUAGACGCUGUAGUGGGACUUGGGUCAAGCAAGGGAUGGUGCAUUGACCUAGGAACUAGGCUAUGCAGGACAAUUUGGUUUUAAACCCUACUGAUCCGUCGCGGGGCAAAUUGCUCCACUAAAGCGAUGUUUGAAACGGUUUAUAUAAGUGCAUUCUCAAUUUUCUACGCUUCGCUUUCGCUGCAAGGAUGAGAAACCUAACAAAGGAAGUUUGUAUCGCCAUUAAGGAUGGCAACACUCAUACUGUGAUUAGGCUGCUAAAAGAAGGGGCACCGAUGAUUACCGAGCACUUUGUUCUUGCAACACAGAUGAAGCGUUAUGAUGUCCUUGAACUGUAUCUUGAUCGUGGAUGGGAUAUAAAUACUGAUGUCAGCACAUUAAUACCAUCAGCGGUUGUGUACACAUUUGAUGACAUGGAACACCUCGAAUGGUUUUUGAAGCAUGGCGCUGAUUUAAACAAACGUUGUCACAUCCGUGAUUUUACCCCAUUGUCCCAUGCUGUUCUAGAGGGUACAUUAGAAACUAUCGAGAUACUCUUCCGAAACGGAGGCUCGGCUGCCCAUGGCCAGUUAUUACACUACGCAGCAAUGCGCGAAGGUACAGACAGCUUGACAGUUCUGGAAUAUAUCUAUAACCAGGACCCAGAGGCAAAUGCUUUAAAUGUGAAUAAGCUGCUGGACCAGGAUUCUCCUACGGAUUUCGCGAUGAACUAUAGAGCAGGGCUCGGUACUCCACUUCAUUACGCUGCACUUGCCGGGCCAUUGGAUUCCGUGAAGUUUCUAGUGGAGAAAGGGGGAGACCCUUGGAUCUUGGAUCCCUACCGUCGAACGGCGUUAAGCUUGGCGAUCUAUAAUAACCAAGAGCAUGUGGCUCAAUUUCUCAGAGGUCUCAUGAACUCUAUGCCAUCCAACUCAGGAAAGAAAGAAUCCAAUAGCGCCAGUGCAACGGAGUAA